AUGGCCAGUCAAUUGAAUGACCCCUCAAUAACCUUCAAAGCCUGGGGCUGGAGUGAAAAUUGUACACUUCUGUUGGAUCUACUUAUCAACCGAUCCAUCCCAGAGGAGGCAUUUCUCGCUGCUUGCAAACCUCAUGCAGAGAUCGACGUUAAAAGCAUCAUUCUUGCAAUUGUCCUCGGUCUCCUCCUCCUCGGCACGGCGGGCGGAAAUAUGCUAGUCAUUAUAGCCAUUCUGAUUGUGAAAAAAUUACGCUCUCCCACAAACCUACUCAUUGUAAAUCUCGCAGUGACCGACUUUCUUGUCAGUAUUCUUGUCCUCCCAUUUGCUAUUGCAUAUCAAAUCCUCGGUUAUUGGCCUUUCAAUCAAAUCAUCUGCGAUCUUUACAGUCUCUCCGAUGUGUUGCUUUGCACACUGUCGAUUCUUAGUCUCUGUACAAUCUCAAUUGACCGAUAUUUGGCCAUUACGAAGCCCCUGCAGUACGCCGCCAAACGAACACCAAAACGAAUGUUGAUAAUGAUCAUCAUCUCCUGGCUCCUCUCUGCUGCAAUUAGUAUUCCACCUGUAUUCGGUUGGGAGCAGAAAAACAGCCCCUUCUACUGUGGUUACAGUGAGGAGCUGACCUACCAGAUCUAUGCAACCAUGACAGCUUUCUACAUUCCUUUGACAGUGAUGCUAGUCCUCUAUGGGAAAAUAUUAGUUCUGGCUAAGCAAAUGGCCUCAGUGGAUGCACAGGUAGGACGCAAGGGUAGUGUUGACACACAAACCCGAUCGUCUUCCAUUCCAGAGUGGAAUAGAAGUUCCCUUUAUGCAGCUGGAGAGAGCUACAAGGCUUCAGCACUUUAUCCCGAUUUAAAGGAGGAGCAUAAGGGAAACAGAGGCGAUUCGAAGCCGCGGCAAAGUGUGGUUAUUUUCAAACCUACCCCAGUGGUGAUGCGAAUGAAUAGGCGACCAUAUAGAGGAAGGAAGAUUAACAGUUCGCCAUCAGCGCUUGGGAAUAAUGGUAGAUCCUUGGAGGUGAGCGGGAGUAGUAGAAGUUUGUACGCAUAUGCCAAGUCCCCCUUGUCCAUGCUUCGACACCACAGAAGACGCAAGCCCUCGGAUCAGGGGAAGGGGGAAACGCACAAGGCGGUCACCACACUUGGAGUUAUUAUGGGAUGCUUUACCAUUUGCUGGCUGCCAUUUUUUGUUUCUCAGCUCAUAACUCCAAUCAUCAACUGUUUCACAGAGCAAAGAUUCUCCAUUCCCCCUACCCUCUUUCAGGUGUUCAUCUGGCUAGGCUAUGGAAACAGUUUCCUAAAUCCUCUCCUCUACGCGCUAUUUAACCGAGAAUUUCGUUUGCCAUUUCUCUACAUUCUUCGACUACAAUGUAAUGAUAUAAACACUCGACUCCGAACUGAAACCUUUUCUCAUCAAUUCGGGCUGCCACAAAAAUCCAGAGUGGGUUAUAGCAACUCCCUUUCCCGUGGGAGCUCCAGUGUCUCUGGGAGUAAACGUCAACGACGACAGAAACCGCGUGGACUGAGUCCUUUGACCAAUUCCCAAGUCCAAGCAUCUCCGAGUAACACUAGCCAGGUAGCUGAAGCCUCAAAUGUAGAGAUUGAAAAGCCCCCACUCCGCUCAAGUUUAAACCUUAAUACAGUGGCUCCUGAGGAGCCCAAACUUCUUCUGGUUCAACAUCUCAACAAUCUGCCCUCCCCCCUUCAUCUCACUCCACUUCAACCUAAUACACCAUUGGAGAAGGGCGAUCUGCUAAAGAACAAUCACCCACCACCCUCGUGGAUGAUGAGUCGACGAGAGAGCCUUGCCAGUAUCCGAAGCAAUUACGACACCUACAUACCAAAUCUAAAUGCGGAAUUCCAAAGAAGUCCACUCCCCACCCCAUCCAGUGCUCCAGCCUACUUGACUCCGUCUAUGAACAAUGUGAAAAUGUGGACGAAGGCACGGGAGUUUCGACCUAAUCAAGUGCCAUCCGAGAGGUUCCACAGAUGGUGUGAAAACAUAUCGUGUACAGGUGUUAAAAGCAACUCCUCCCUUAGUGUAGCAAAUCCAUAG